GACCACACGCACCAAAGGAAAUCCCAACAACGACGACGACACCAUGAAGCUUCUGACAACCACCCUCUUCAUUACCCUCAUCUCGACCACCCUCGCGAUCGUGAGUCCUCCCUGCCUUGACUACCAUUCCCCUCGCCCUAACCAUCUGCAGGACCCACCAUACCCGCCAGGCACUUGCAAAGAAUCCGACGAAGAACUCGGUCCCAACUACCCGUACGGCGUUUGCGACGUCGAGAUUGCUGGCUCGCGCAAGCAGGCUCCGGGACAAAUCGAAGCGCCGUGUGGAAAGGUAACGCAGAACCCACACGACGAACUUCUACGUCUUGCGUGUUGCUGACUUUGUUGGGAUCUUGCAGAAAACGCCGUGUCGGGACGUUACGAAGCCUUGCUACAUUGCGGAUGAUGGCACCACGGCGACUUGUCCGUAGGUGCGUGGGGUGCGAUUGCUCGCAUGGCUUUUUCGUCAGGCGAUCAGCUUUGUGCAACGCCUUCGGAACCGCGUGUCUCAUUGCUUCAAUGUUCGGUAAUGGGACGAAUGCUGUUCAACGGGCGAGUGGCUGUGCGUUAUCAGAUGAAAAGUAGUCCAGGCGACAGGACGCAUCGAGUGCUUCAAGGUGAGGCACUUGCAG